CCGCCCCUCCGCGCCGGCGCCUCGCUGACGUCAGCGCCUCGAGCCGCAGACCCCCCCACCCCCUCCCGCCCCUCCUUCCCGGUCGCGGCCGCUUUGACAGAACGCGAUGGCGGCGGCCGGGGCUGCCGGGGUGCCGGCGGCCGUGUCCGACAAGCAGGAGUUUUACCAGCUGCUGAAGAACCUGAUCAAUCCGAGCUGCAUGGUGCGGAGACAAGCGGAGGAGAUCUAUGAGAAUAUCCCAGGUCUGUGUAAAACUACCUUCCUUUUAGAUGCCGUCAGGAACAGGAGAGCAGGUUAUGAGGUGAGACAAAUGGCUGCCGCACUGCUACGAAGGCUUUUGUCCUCCGGGUUUGAGGAGGUCUACCCAAACCUGCCUCCUGAGGUCCAGAGGGAUGUCAAGAUAGAACUGAUCCUGGCCGUGAAGUUAGAAACACACGCCAGCAUGAGGAAAAAACUCUGUGACAUUUUUGCGGUGCUGGCCAGGAAUCUGAUAGACGAGGGUGGCACCAACCACUGGCCAGAAGGUCUGAAGUUCCUCGUUGAUGCCAUCUACUCUAAAAAUGUGGUCCUGUGGGAAGUUGCGCUUCACGUUUUCUGGCACUUCCCCGGGAUUUUCGGGAACCAGGAGCGACACGAUUUGGAUAUCAUCAAACGUUUGCUGGACCAGUGUAUUCAAGAUCAAGAGCAUCCAGCCAUCAGGACCUUAGCCGCCAGGGCCGCAGCUGCAUUUGUCCUUGCUAACGAGAAUAACACUGCUCUUUUCAAAGACUUUGCAGACUUGCUUCCUGGAAUCUUACAGGCUGUGAAUGACUCGUGCUACCAAGAUGAUGAUUCCGUGUUAGAAUCCCUGGUUGAAAUCGCAGAUACGGUGCCCAAGUACUUGGGUCCUUACCUAGAAGACACUCUACAACUGAGCCUGAGGUUAUGCGGAGACUCUCGGCUCAGUAACCUGCAGCGCCAGCUGGCCCUCGAAGUCCUCGUGACCUUGUCUGAAACGGCAACCCCCAUGUUGAAAAAGCACACAAGUAUUAUUGCCCAGGCCAUUCCUUAUAUAUUGGCCAUGAUGGUUGAGCUGCAGGAUGACGAAGACUGGGUGAAUGCUGAUGAGCUGGAAGAAGAUGAUUUUGACAGCAACGCGGUGGCUGCUGAGAGUGCCCUAGACAGACUGGCUUGUGGACUUGGAGGCAAGGUUGUGCUGCCGAUGACCAAGGAGCAUGUCGUGCAGAUGCUUCAGAGCCCCGACUGGAAGUACCGGCACGCUGGGUUAAUGGCCUUGUCUGCCAUCGGAGAAGGGUGCCAUCAGCAGAUGGAACCGACUCUGGAGGAAACCGUUAACUCUGUUUUGCUUUUUCUUCAGGAUCCUCACCCAAGGGUGAGGGCUGCGGCCUGCACUACGCUUGGACAGAUGGCCACAGACUUUGCACCGAGUUUCCAGAAGAAAUUCCACGAAACGGUCAUUGCGGCUCUGUUGCGUACCAUGGAAAAUCAAGGUAAUCAGCGCGUGCAGUCUCACGCGGCUUCCGCUCUCAUUAUUUUUAUUGAAGACUGCCCCAAAUCGUUGCUGGUCCUGUAUUUGGACACUAUGGUGAGAAACUUACAUUCCAUUCUGGUGAUUAAACUUCAGGAAUUGAUUCGCAGUGGAACUAAACUGGCUUUAGAACAACUCGUGACCACUCUUGCCUCGAUUGCAGAUACGAUAGAAGAGAAAUUUGUUCCCUAUUAUGAUCUAUUUAUGCCCUCGCUAAAGCACAUUGUUGAGCUUGCUGUUCAGAAGGACCUGAAGCUUCUGAGAGGAAAGACCAUUGAGUGCAUCAGCCACAUUGGACUUGCUGUUGGCAAGGAAACGUUUUUGCAGGAUGCGUCAGGUGUGAUGCAGCUGUUGUUGAAGACUCAAUCUGACUUAAAUAGCAUGGAAGAAGAUGACCCUCAGACCUCCUACAUGGUCUCGGCUUGGGCUAGAAUGUGUAAAAUUCUCGGGCAAGAUUUUCAACAGUACCUGCCACUGGUGAUCGAGCCUCUGAUUAAGACGGCCUCAGCUAAACCCGACGUAGCUCUCCUAGACACGCAAGAUGUGGAGAACAUGAGUGAUGAUGAUGGCUGGCAGUUUGUAAAUCUUGGAGACCAGCAAAGUUUCGGAAUUAAAACUUCAGGACUCGAAGCGAAAGCAACUGCUUGCCAGAUGUUGGUUUACUACGCCAAGGAGUUAAAAGAAGGAUUUGCGGACUAUACAGAGCAGGUUGUGAAACUUAUGGUACCUUUACUGAAAUUUUACUUCCACGACAAUGUUCGAGUGGCAGCAGCGGAGUCUAUGCCAUUUCUCCUGGAAUGUGCCAAGACGCACAGCCCGGAGUAUCUUUCCCAGGUGUGGCAGUCCAUAUGCGAUCCUUUAAUCAAAGCUAUCGGAACCGAACCUGAUACAGACGUCCUCUCCGAAAUCAUGAACUCCUUUGCCAAGUCCAUUGAAGUCAUGGGAGACGGCUGCCUUAGCGAUGAACAUUUGGAAGAAUUAGGAGGCAUAUUGAAAACCAAACUCGAGGGUCACUUUAAAAACCAGGAAUUGCGACAGGUGAAAAGACAGGAAGAAAACUAUGACCAACAGGUGGAGAUGUCUCUGCAAGAUGAGGAUGAAUGUGAUGUUUAUAUUCUGACCAAAGUAUCAGAUAUUCUGCACUCGUUAUUUAGCACUUACAGGGAAAAGAUUUUACCGUGGUUCGAACAGUUACUUCCGUUAAUUGUCAAUCUGAUCUGUUCAAGUCGGCCAUGGCCAGACAGGCAGUGGGGACUGUGCAUAUUUGAUGAUAUCAUAGAGCACUGCAGUCCCACUUCUUUUAAAUAUGUAGAAUAUUUCCGGUGGCCGAUGCUCCUGAACAUGAGAGAUAACAACCCGGAAGUUAGGCAAGCCGCUGCCUACGGCCUGGGUGUCAUGGCGCAGUUUGGUGGUGAUGAUUACCGUUCCUUGUGCUCCGAAGCUGUCCCCCUGCUGGUGAAAGUCAUCAAGUGCGCAAAUUCCAAAACCAAGAAGAAUGUCAUUGCCACUGAGAACUGUAUCUCAGCCAUAGGCAAGAUUCUGAAGUUUAAGCCCCACUGCGUCAAUGUGGAUGAAGUGCUUCCCCACUGGUUAUCCUGGCUUCCGCUGCACGAAGACAAAGAGGAAGCCCUUCAGACUUUGAAUUUUCUCUGUGACUUAAUUGAAAGUAAUCACCCAGUGGUUGUUGGUCCAAAUAAUUCCAAUCUGCCCAAAAUACUCAGUAUCAUUGCCGAAGGCAAAAUUAAUGAGACCAUUAACUCUGCGGAUCCUUGCGCCAAACGCCUAACUAAUGUUAUCCGGCAGGUGCAGACUGCGGAAGAGUUGUGGUUGGAAUGCUUAUCCCAACUCAGUGACGAGCAACAGGAAGCCUUGCAGGAGUUACUAGAUUUUGCUUGAAGUAUUUAAUAUGACUUGAAUGUGUCAUCUAGAAAGAGUAACACAAAUAAGUGUUCCGAGUGGCUCCCAUUGCAAAUGAGAGCAGUGUUUUCUCCCCGUGCAACAGUUGGUUACUUCCUCAUGUUUCCUCCAGGGUUAGUCAGUGUUAAAAGCCUUCUGUUUACCUCGCAUGUUUUAUCUUUAAACACAGACUUUAAGCAUAGCCUGUGCUUCCAGUUGUCUUGUUAGAAUGUUUAUCACCUUUUGCCUAAUUAAUGUGAAGUGUGUAAGUUGUUAUUUGUCUGAAAUCGUUAAUGCUGCAAAAGCAGUACACUUGGUGUUAAGGUGUCGUUACUGUCAUAAGAUGU